AUGGAUCCAGACUUGAGGGAGGCCUUCAAUGGUGUACAGAGCUCCGUAUACAGAACAGCCCUAAAACUACGCUCAGUACAAAGUCUUUGCCAGUUGGAUUUGAUUGAUGUUUCUCUGAUUCAGCACAUCCUAUCAAGUGAACAAAGCCAGAAGGAAGAGAGGAUUUCUCUGAACACGCAGGAAAUCUCUAGAAUGCUGAUGAAACUGUUCCAAAGGACAAGAUUAGAAAAACCAGGCCAGGUAGAUCCAAGAGCUGCUGAAUUCACAUUUAGCUUGCUGGUUGCCAUGUAUGACAGAUCUGGAACAGGGUAUAUCAAAACUAGAUCUGCUGCAGCUGCCUUAAUUUCUCUUUCAGGAGACACUCUACUGGCUAAAUACAGAGCUUUCUUCCAGUUUUAUGCUGUCCCUGAUGGGAAGGAGACCUUCAUUACCCGCAGUGCCCUGAGAAGCCUGCUAACAGACUUAAAUCAGAUCCCAGCCAUUGUGGGAGAAGGUUGCACUCUGUCUUGUGUAGAAAUUGCGAUUCAUGACUGUUUCCGUGGGGUUUUGAAUGCUGCUAUUGUUGAAGAAAAAUUCCUGUCUUGGCUGAGAUCAGAGCCUGCUGUUCUCCUGUGGCUCCCUACAUGUUACAGAUUAUCAGCCACAGAAAUGGUUUCUCACCAAGCUAAAUGCAGAGUCUGCAAUGUUUUCCCCAUUACAGGCAUCAGGUAUCGCUGUUUAAAGUGUCUCAAUUUUGACCUUUGCCAAGCCUGCUAUUUCACUGGCCGUCUCUGCAAACCACACAAGAGAUCACAUCCUGUUGUGGAACACUGUGUGCAGAUGUCAGCAAAGGCCAAUGCAAAGCAUUUUCUCCGCACUAUCAGGAACAACCUGUUUCAAGAGCGCUGCAGAAGGAAGGAGGCUCAGAGAAGGACAGCUCUGGAGUCAGUGGAGGAGAGGCACUUCCCUGCUCACAAAAAGACUUUUCCUCCUGUGGAAUUCAGUGCUUCAUCACUAGCAAGUCCUGAAAAUGUGUCUUUCCCAGUGAACAAUUGUGUCCCAGAGUCAGCCAGGUUCAUACCUGAGAGGACUGUAAUGCAGAAGAGUGAGAAUAACAAGAAGACACCAGAGCAAGGCAAGACAAUAGCUCAGGUGAUAGCCUCUUUUGAAGCAGAUGUGUUAAAAAUGAGUGAGUCCAUUAAAAGCAUUCACAGUGACAGCAGGUACAUGAAGAAGCAGUUCAACAAAUGGAAGGACAAAAUGCAAUUUCUUCACAACUGCCAGGAAGAAAAAACCUGCAAAAUAGAGGCAAAACUCCAAAGACUGAGAGUAAGCCAUGAAAACCUGCAAAUGACACUGCAUCACAUGAAAGAAGAAGUAAAGACCAUGUUGCAGUCAUCAGAGCAUCCUUUUGCACAGUGUCAUAAUACAAUGCCAAGAAAUCCACAUGUUCUGCUGGAAGGGAGAAUGCAGGGUGAAUUAAAUCCUGCCCAAAUAAGGCCUACUACCAGAACAUGUGCAGAAUGGAAAUGUUUGAAUCCCCCAAACUCUGUAAAUAGAAUGCAACUUUUACAGACACCUGAGGUUCCCACUGCAGUGGAAUUUAUGUUCUCAGAUGACCCACUGGAGUCAGCGUCCCUGCAGAGUGACAAACCUUUUAUGGGACAGCAUAACAAAGCAAAAGAGAAACAAACAUGUCUGCCUAAACUGACAGAAAACUCUCUUGGUGGAAUGGGGAGUGCAGUUCUUAUUCCCACUGCAACGCAGAUACCACCUGAUGAGAGGGAAGUCAGAGAGGAAUUGGAACUGCUAAUGAUCAAACUGAAGGAUACGUUGUCUCUCCAAAUCCAACCAGCCCAGCAAAGUGCUUUGCACCAGGAGUUCUUCUCUACAGCUGAGCAUGUUUGCAGGUCCUUUUCUGACCUCAUCAACCAAGUAAUUUCACCAGCUUGUAAAUGA